UGGGGUAAUGGGGUAUUUUUACCAUUUUGUUCCAGCGAAAAAAGCAAGAGCGAUGGAAGGUGCAACACCAGCAAUGAGCGGAAGAGCACGAAGAGAGAACUCAGCGAAAACAAUGGUCAGCGAUCAGAUCUCACAGGCCGUUCUCUCCACCUCUAAUCUCAUCCGCAUCAUGCUUCAGGCGUCUCCCUCUCAGGACAAUCUUGUAAAGCUUCCUAAAAACCUAUUGGCUAAAGCGUCUACCAUAAAAAACACUCAGCAGGUCUUGGAGCAGAUGCCUUCGGUGAUUUCUUCCUUGGAUGCAUACAUGGACACUGGACUACAGAGUGUUUCUCAUCUUGAAACUGUAACGCGGUUGCUAAGCAACAUAGAGAACAACCAGCUCAAGCCUUUAACUGAUGAUCAACCCUUGAUAGAGGAACCUAAACCAAAUUGACUAGAGACCAGAGACUCGGGUAGAUACAACAUUCUUAAACAAUAAGAUUGAUGAAUGUUUUAUGCAAGGGGUAUGCUAGACAAGAACGAAGAUCAACUCUUUAGCAUGGAAAGUAUGUUUGUCGACGGAUUUGGAUUUGAUCUAGAUCCGACCCAUUUUUGUAAUCCAAAUUGUCAAAAAAGUUGAUCCAUUGAUUUAAUAAAUGAGUUAAACGAUUAGCCCGUUCAUGUUUA